CGCCCACGAUCGCCGCGCACGAAUUUAAAAACAAAACAUUUAAAAAGUUAAAAUGUCACACGAGGUGACUUGAACGAUAGACAAUUUAACGGUUACUUCAGUGACUGUGUUUUGUGUAAUGUGACUUGGUGAUAAUUAUUUAAAUUAUCCGAUAAUUCUCGGAGCCAAGGAGACAUUGAACUAGUUGGAACAUGGAUCCAGAGCAGGUUAUGGAGGAGAUGGACUCCUCCACUCCUGGGGUCCUGGUACUAUCGAGCGACAACAGGACAUUUAACACCACCAACGCUACUGACAUCAACUAUUAUUAUUUCUAUGAGGUGGCGCAGUUCACAGUUAUGUGGGUACUCUUCAUAUCAAUAGUGGUCCUGAACGCGUCAGUCAUAGCAGCACUCCUUUGCACCAACGCCAGGAAGAGCAGGAUGAACUUCUUCAUCAUGCAGCUAGCUAUUGCCGAUCUAUUCGUGGGCCUCGUGCUGGUAUUUGCAGACAUCGUUCAGAAACACACAAUAGCGUGGCUCGCCGGGGAGUUUAUGUGCAAAUUCGUUAAAUUUCUGCAGGCCGUGGUUAUGUAUGCGUCCACGUACGUGCUAGUCGCACUGAGCAUAGACCGGUGUGACGCCAUCACCAAUCCCAUGAACUUCUCAGGCAGUUGGAACCGAGCGAGGGGCCUCAUUGCCUCAGCAUGGAUCAUCAGCAUUGUGUUUUCAAUCCCACUUCUGAUAUUGUACGAAAUUAAAGAAGUACAAGGGCAACAACAAUGCUGGAUAGACCUCGGCUCGUCCGAGAGAUGGCAGAUCUGGAUGACCCUGGUCUCUGUCAUGAUUUUCGUGUUCCCCGCCCUGGCUAUAGCGGCGUGCUACGCUGUUAUAGUCAUGACCAUCUGGACGAAGAGCAAAGCGGUGGUCAUGAGUCCCCCUGUCAGCUCUAGGAGGACGAAAACUAUGAAUAAUGGGCAUGCGGAAGGUGACCCAGACUCCAGGCGCGCCAGCUCACGAGGCCUCAUACCCAGAGCCAAGAUUAAAAGCGUCAAGAUGACCUUCGUCAUCGUGUUCGUGUUCGUCCUCUGCUGGCUCCCGUACAUCGGCUUCGACCUGCUGCAGGUGUACCACUUCAUCCCGCAGACUCAGACCAGCAUGGCCAUCGCCACGCUGAUCCAGAGCUUGGCGCCACUUAACUCAGCCGCCAAUCCAUUGAUAUGCUGCAUGUUUUCGCCUCACAUCUACAUGAGCCUUAGACGGGUGCCGCCGUACAAAUGGCUGUGGUGCAGCCGCCGCCGGCGCCGACGCGGACGCGGCACGUUGCGAUCACGGUCCGACUCCACGGCCAACUCGGACCUGCUCAGCCAUUCGACGCAUGCGAGGAGAUCGCAGUCUGUUGCUAUGUCGCUGAACCGCACGCGCAGCAGUAGCGUGUCCCGCGCGAUCCACAGCGACCGGCGCACGCAGCUGCUCGUCCUGACAACCGUGCGCGACUGACGACUAACCGACACGGAUGACGUCAUGCUGUAGAUAACAUUAU